ACGAUGAUGAGGUCGUCCCUUGUACUGACGGUGACAUUCAUCGUCCUCAGAUCCGCCGUUUGCCAGGACGUAGACGUCACGUCUGCCGGGAAUUCGUCUGGAUUCGACACCUGCAAGGCGGCUGCGGCCGAGGAACCCAUCGCGACGGUCGUAUUUAAGACCUUGCAUCUGACGACCGCCUCUGGGGCGCCCGUGGUCUACGAACUCGUCAUAGGGUCAGGCUCGACUCAAGCGGAGCAGGUUUAUUCCAUCGACUAUUUCGAUCCCAGCAGUUUAAUCGGCAGAGACAGGACGCCUCUUCCCGAAUGUGCCAGAAGGGCCGCCCUGGCAGAUCUACCAGGCUUUGUGUGGAAUGGAAUGUGCUCAGGAAUUGCGAAGCUGAGAGCAAGCUUCUGUGGAUGCCGGCUAGGACGCCUAGAAAGCAUGGAACUGUACGUCAAACCCCAAUACAUUCUACUCGGCGGGACCGAUCCAUUGAACGAUGAUCCCAGCAAGAUAAACGCUACUUAUUGGGGCACCCACGUGAUAAAAAUCGAGAGCAACUUCGCUCAUGAUUUUCCCGACCCAGAAUUGGAUCCAUUUUGGCCCCGAAUAGAAUUGUUCAAGAGGGACCCCGAAUUGUACAAGAGGGGGAAGGCAUAUACGUUCAAGCCAGAGGCCACUGACUUGGAAUCCUGCAGGACCACUGAUCCUUGUGGCCUCGUCGUCCGCUUCUCUCUUCCCCUGCCUGGUCUCCAACCCGUCAUACUGCUCAAAAGCUGCGGCCAGACGAUCACCCUCCCCGACCUCAGUGGACAAAAUUUGUACCUCCUUUCGCAUCCUGGGUUUGGGUGCCGUUAUUUCCCCAACAACCCGGCCACUAACUGCACUCUCACCUUGAAACACGCGACAAGUUCCACCGCAAGUCUCAAGAUUGUGUUCUCAGAUGCCAAUGACGUAAAAGGCGCCAACUCUUACGACUUCGUGAGUGCUGACAGUUGCGACGGAUACAGCCUUGAGUUCGACACGGACGGGGCCGGGAGCGGCGCCAACCUCGACUACUGCAGCAGUACAACAAAUGAAGUGGAAUUCAAGGGACAGCUCACCGUCAUCCUGAAGGGAUCAUCAAUUAACAACCGCCCCAAAAUUGGGUUCUCAUGCAGGAUUAUGAAUAACUAAC